AGAAUUUCGGGGCUCAUUUUUAACGGGGAAUCCCAGCAGGUUUGUCGUGACGCAAAGCCAAAAGCGGCGUAAUCCAGAUUUCAGGCGGGAACCAUCCGGUCGUUUUGUGGGUCUUUUCCAUAGUCCGGAACCGGUUCCGGCAAUUGUAAUUGCACUUAGCCGGAAAAGGCUCCAGCGUGAGGCUGAACGGCGCCGAAAAUGGUUGGACCGGUGGUCUCGGCGCACCCGCGAGCUUGCCCUUGUUGUCGCAGUGGGGCGAGUCCCACCGCGAAAGCUUGUGGGAAUCCUGAGUUGUGCCGUCACGUGACGAGCGCUGACCCGGAAGUUGACGUGUUUACCUUCCGUCGGCAAAAUGGCGGCCGAGGAAAAGGAGGACAGGGCGCGACCGCGGCUCAAGCGCGGUCGAGAGAGGAGCCUGAGGGUCGCCGUCGAGCGGCAGCUCCGGGCGGCGGCCGAGCGCGUCGUGCGGCUGCUGGAGGAGCGGCCGAGCGCGGCCGGGCGCCACUUGAGGCGAACGGUCAUGGACGCCAUCUCCGCCGCCGUCGAGCGAAUCUUCAGCGAGUACGAGGCCGGCGGAGAGACUCAGCCCGCCGCGGCUUCACGUGAGCGACCGGCGGACGCGGCCGUAGCAGAGUCGCACCGCUGCCGAGUAUGCGGGAAGACGUUUGACGGGAAAGGUUUUCUGGUGAAGCACGCGGACAAGCACGCCAAGGACGGGGAGCCCGCCUGCGGCCUGUGCGGUCAGGGUUGGGGCUCCGGCGACGCCCUGCGGCGCCACCUGCAGACCCACCGCGACAACAGCAGGACGUGCGACACUUGCGGGAAGACCUUCCCGUCCAUCAGAGCGCAGGAAACGCACCAGAGGCUGCACACGGGCGAAAAACCCUUCUGGUGCCACGUGUGCGGGAAAGGCUUCAACCAGAAGGGAAACCUGAAGACGCACGCCAGGAAGCAGCACGACCCCCGCGCGCAGAACCCUCCGAGACUCCAGAGUGCCACACGCGAUCACAGUCCCGCGGCAGCGACGGAAGCGCGGCAGGAACGCGCGGACGACGGCGAAGGGCGUACACGCGGGGAUCGCUCUGCGAAGCGUGACCGCUCUCUGGACGCGGACUUGUCCGGUAGCGGGGCGCGGGACCGCCUUCAAGAAUACGGUCCAGAUCCUGACCUGGAUCAGGAUCAAAACCGUGUUGAAGAGCACUUUCCGGACUGCCUUCGAGACCACGUUCGGGAUGACACUCCAGAUGGCGUUCGGGUCCCCCGGCCCAAGCGCGCCGACGCCGACCGGUCCGGUCGCAAGUUGCGGGACUGCUCCGAGUUCCGACUUCAGGAGCCCAUUGAGGAUGGUUUUGGAGACGGCCCCCGCGAAGGAGUUGACGCACGCCUACAGGACGGCGUUCGGGACCGUGACGAGACGGUCCCCGCGAGUACCCCGCCGGCUUUGUUGUGCAAAGAAUGCGGCAAAGACUUUCCUCGGAAGAGUUCUCUGGAUCGCCACGCGAGGCUGCACGCGGGCGACAGGCCGUUCAUCUGCGAGUUCUGCGGGAAAACCUUUUCGGAGAACGCUGUGCUGAAGCGCCACCAGAAGCGGCACACGGGCGGCAGGCCGCGCGUCCACGGCUGCGACGUGUGCGGCAAGAAGUUCGCCGUGAGCCAACACCUGCAAGUGCACAAGAGGAUCCACACGGGCGAGAAGCCGUACGGCUGCCCGGUGUGCGGCAAGACCUUUCGGCAGGCCGGCAACCUGGACGCGCACGCCAAAAUCCACACGGGCGAGAAGGCCUUCAUCUGCAGCCUGUGCGGCAAGAGCUUCCGCCAGAAGAUCUCGCUGGAGACGCACGAGCGCUUCCACAAGAAGGACAAGGUCUUCGGGUGCCACGCCUGCGACAAGAGCUUCGUGCAGAAGGUGGACCUCAAGAGGCACAUGCUGACGCACUCGGGCGAGAAGCCGCACGCCUGCCGGAUGUGCGACAAACGCUAUCAGGAGAAGCGCUCGCUGGAGGCGCACAUGAAGGUCCACGCCGCGCAAACGGCCCGCUCCUGACCCUCCCUCCCGACUUGGAGGCGGGCCCGACGCCGUUGGUGGCGCCUUUCCGUUUCACUCGUCCGUCGGUGUUGAACCCGAACCCGGUCCUGGUCCUCACAGAGCAGAGAGACCCAAUAGUCAAAAUCGCAAACCACCCUCCGUGUGCGCUUGUCUGAUUGGGCAAAGUGUGAUACGAGUGCUCCCUCCAGUGGUCUGCAAAUUGAUCAAUUCCCGAAGUACCCUUCCGUUGGAUUCCCAUUUCACUAAAUUUGCAUUGAAAGCCUGAAGACGGUUUGUUUGUACUCGUGUAUAGGAAAUGUUGAUUUUAUGUGCAAUACCUUUUCAUUGAAUCGUGAGGCAGAGUUUAUUUCGAAACUAAACUAUUUUGUCAAGUCUUUGCUUUCAACAAUUUGACUUAUUCCUGUCAACUUACACAUUUUUCAUGUAUUACCCCCGGAGUACAAAAACUUUGUUGGGUUCAGCUGACAUUUUCCUGUUGUCAUAAAUUUUAGGGAAAUUCCACUCUCGGAUAAUGUUAGAUUUAUUUAUUUUUUUUUUUGUCGCUAACGUUGUUUUUUCCAGUCAUAGCCCAACUAAAAAGUUUUUCACGUGGAAUGGACUUCUUUUUGCAAACAAAUAAAACUUCUUUUUUGAAAAAUACGUCAUUCUAACGCU